GGCCAUGUUUAUACAUUCAAAAUGGCGACAUGUUUAGCGAGUAUUUCGUUUGUGAAAUAGGUUAUCCGAUAUAAGUUGAAAUAUAUGAGGAAGUAUUAAGAUAAUUUGAUUUGUCAAAGUUAUAGAAAAAUUAUUAUGACUACGUUGAAAUAAUUCAAGUCUAUGAAACGCGAUUUAAUGUCCUAUUAAUCGCAGGAAACGUAGAUAAUGGCUGAAAAUGUUGUUCAGGGUGAUGAGUUGAUACGUUCUAUCAAAACACUGCUGUGGGGUAAUUCUGUCAAAGAAGAUGUGUUUAAACGAUGGGCGCAAGGAUUUUAUUUUAGCCCAGAUGAAUCUACAGCAUUGAUACAAGAGAAAGGUGGGCCAUGUGCAGUAAUAGCUCCAGUUCAGGCUUACAUUUUGAAAGUGUUGCUCUCUGAGACUGAUAUUUCAAACUGGAGAAAUAUUAAUCAGGAGAAAAACUGUCACCUUCUUGUGCAAGCUUCGGUUGAAAUUUUGAAACAAGCUGCUGGAGAGAAGGUUCCAAAGUUCGUGAUCGUGUACAUGGAUUGUAAAUUAUCAAACAAGAACAAUGAAGGAGAGAGCAGAUUGUCUGGGAAUGUGUCUAAAACGGAACACGAAGAAGAGAAGAAUGUAGAAAAUAAAGAAAAUGAGGAGGAAAAUGAGGAGUUGAUGACUAAAGAUGUAAACGAGGAGUAUAUGACCAUGGAGUCUGAUUCUUUCCACUCUCAGUUGAGGUUGUUUACAACAAAUACCUCGGAGCAAGUGGAGGAAUUCCUCUUGGAAAGAUUGGAAAUGUUAAAAGCCAAAUAUGGAAUCUUGUUACUUUUGUAUAGCGUGAUUGGUACAAAAGGUAUUUCCGAAAUUUGUUCUGAAAUGUCGGAUCCUUCAGAAUCAAUGAUUGAUUCCACUUAUGGUUAUGGAAAUCAAAGUCUCAUAAAUCUGAUGCUCACUGGUAGAGCAGUCAGUCAUGUAUGGGACCAUGAUCAAGAUAUCGGAGGCCUCAAAUUGCGAGGAAUAGAUAAGCAAAACACGAUAGGAUUUCUUGCGCUUCUGGAGCAUUUAUGUUACUGCGAAGUAGGAACAUUCUUGAAGUCUCCAUCCUAUCCAAUUUGGGUGUUGGGUUCAGAGACUCAUUUGACUGUAUUGUUUUCGAACGAGAAUAGGCUGGUGAGCCCAGAAACACCCGCGGAUCAGGCAAAGAGAAUUUUCAGGAAGUUCGAUCCCGAAGGAAAUAAUUUUAUUCCUGCCAAUUUACUACAAGAUGUUCUUGCUGAACUUGGAUUGGUCACAGACCCAGAGUACGUCAAUGUAAUGAGGAAAAAGUUGGAUAGUGAAAAUUUGGGAAUUAUUUUACGUAAUAAUUUCAUGGAUGAAUUUUUCCCUGAAGAACCUCGAACUUGCCCUGAUACAUUUCCCUUGUAUCAUUAUAAUGGACUUCGACACAGUAAUCCGAACAACAAAGUGAUGUAUCAUAAAGGACAAGCGGUUUUAUUAGAAUGUACCAUCAAGGCGAUUAUGGAAAGCAAUCCAAUGUUAACAGUACUUCAAACAAAAUGGCCCAGAAUUGAAAUUCAAUGGGAUAUUGGACAAAAUCCGAGCCUUAAUUAAUUCAGUUCGCUUGGAUUUGAUUUUUAAGAACAUUGUUAGAGUUCCUAUGUAAGGAAACAAAAGGGAAAAGUAAUAAAACAAUUUAAAGAACGAGGAAUAAGUAAUUGAAACUUAAUCAGAAAAAAAGGGUUUUUGCUUUUUUUUUAAAAGAAAAGUACGACUUUUCAAACACAAAACUAAUUUUUUUUUUAUAAUAACAAAUAGAAUUUUAUUUAUUAUUUGGAGCAAAUGUUGAAAUUUUAUUAAUCCAAUAGCAGAUAAAAUUAAGUAAUUAGUCUAAAUGAUCACCAAAUUUGUUCUUCUAGCUGUUAAAAGUUUGCAAAUAGUUUGCAAAUAAUUGUUUCUGUGACGAACUUCGUUGCAGAAUAUGGCGAGCUAACUAAUUUCCAUUUCACGAAACUUAUAUUUAAUUCUAGGCUUAAAAGAAAUAAAUCGAACGUACUAAUUCUACUAAAAAAAUAGAUAAUGUAACAAUGAAAUAAAAACAACUCAUUAUUCGAGAGUGAAAUGUAAGAAGCAUAGUCAAGAAAAGAGGUGAAUGGAAAUAAAAUGUUUAAUAAAAUAUGUACAAAUCUACGAACGAUUGUGUUCGUAGUUAAAUGUA